GGCACAGAGAAUUCUUCAGUGAUUCGGUCUCGAACUGUAGCACAAUGAAGGCUUUGGUGUUCCUUCUGCUCCUGGCGGUUGUAAGCGCUAAACGGUAUGAUCGGUGUGAGCUGGCAAGAGCCAUGAAAGCAUAUGGCUUGGACGGGUAUCGUGGCAUCAGUCUGGCUAACUGGGUUUGCUUGGCCAAACAUGAAUCUGGUUACAACACCAAAGCCAUCAACCACAACACUGAUGGAUCAACGGACUAUGGCAUUUUCCAGAUAAACAACCGUUGGUGGUGUAGCAAUGGAAGCUUCCGUAGCGCGAACGGGUGUAAAAUCUCCUGCAGUGAGCUUCUUACUGAUAACAUCUACCAAGCUGCUCAGUGUGCCAAGACCAUAGUGAGACAGCAGGGCAUUACUGCAUGGGUGGCAUGGCGUAGAUAUUGCCGGGGUCGUGAUGUAAGCUCUUACACUGCAGGCUGUGGAGUUUAAACAAAAUCAUGAAAUGACAACUGCUUUAAUUAUAUUAAACUUGAAUGUUUAAUAUAAUCGAAACAAAUCGUUGGUAACGAUGAAAUAA